AUGGGCGAAUGGGGCUUCCUGAGCUCGCUGCUGGACGCGGUGCAGGAGCACUCGCCCAUGGUGGGGCGGUUCUGGCUGGUGGUGAUGCUCCUGUUCCGCAUCCUGGUGCUGGCCACGGUGGGCAGCGACGUCUUCGAGGACGAGCAGGAGGAGUUCGUCUGCAACACGCAGCAGCCAGGCUGCAAACCCGUGUGCUAUGAUGCUGCCUUCCCCAUCUCCCACUACCGCUUCCUCGUCUUCCACGUCGUGGUGCUCUCGGCGCCCGCCGCUCUCUUCGUCAUCUUCGCCGUGCACCAAGCGGCCAAACCGGGGCACGGAGCAGCCCCCGGACAACGCACCCGCCGCCUCCAGCCCUUCUACGUGGGCAGUGUGGUUGCCCGCAUCGCGGCCGAGCUGGGCUUCCUGCUGGGGCAGGCUCUGCUCUAUGGCUUCAGGGUGCAGCCGCUCUUCGUGUGCCGCCGCCGGCCCUGCCCGCACCGCGUCGACUGCUUCGUGUCCCGGCCCACCGAGAAAACCGUGUUCAUCCACUUCUACUUCGUGGUGGGGCUGGUGUCGGCUCUGCUCAGCCUGGCCGAGCUCGGACACCUCCUGCGCAAGGGGCACCCGCCCCGCACCGGCUGCUGCCACCGGCCCCAGGAGCGGGCACCGGCCCCCGGGCAACCGGCGGGGGCUACGGAGGAGCCGCGCUGCGGCCCCGGCCCCGUGCCCCGCGGGGACCUCACUGUGUAA